GCAAUUCUACUGGUACCUGGGGCGGUGAGUCACGGCUCUCUCAUCUGAUGGGUCAUCACCUGACUGCGGUGCACCCUAAGCCCUAUUUGGGUAUACGGUCUCAAGUCCCCUCUUGACGUCACCGUGCUGCCAACUUCAACUCUUGACCGUGUUUUUGGCAAUGAAUCUCCCUACGAUACAUUUAAACCAAAUGCCCAUGAUGUUUAUACCUGCCUUUCCAGCAGUUUACCUACGAACACCGUAACAAUGGGUCGUCGCCGCCAGGCAGCCUUGUCCAAGAGUAUACAACUUGCCCUCUUCCGGAACCCCAAGACCUUUCGCAAGACAUUGAUUGGACGGUUCAUCGCGUUCUUUAGCAUAUUCUACUUGAAGCUUCUUCGAUAUGAGCCGGACAUCUUCCGAAAGCUACGAAACGAAGUGUGGGAGAUCUCCGAAGAACAAUACAGAGCUUGCUUCCUGAGUGGGGAAGAUAAGACGCUUCCUCUGCUUCCGAUGGGGGAUUUGGGCUUUUCUGGAUCUACAUUCUUCAGCACAUCGAACUCCGCAUUCCUCGUCAAAAGCCUCCCGCGGCACUUUGAACAUUCCUUUUUCCGCCAUGACCUCUUUCAACCGUACUAUGAGUACAUCAGUACCCACUCGGAUUCGAUCCUGGUAUGGAUUACCGAUUACCUGUAUGCAGCGUACACCUCGCUGGGCACACUGGUGAAGACAACCCCUGCUCAUCAUAUCAUCAUGGAGAACAUGCUGUGCGGGAAAGAGAAGGACCCGGCAGGCGACAAGUGGGAGACAUAUGAUCUGAAACCGAUCGACUAUUUCUACCCCGAGCGGGAUCUGGUCCCCGAACCGUUCGUCAGCCAAGAAACCUUAAGUCGACUAGCCGACGAGUUUCCAGAUAAGCUCCGCCUGACUCAAUCAGACUACGAAGAAAUGAAACAGAUAUUAGAAGCCGACACUGCAUUUCUAGCAUCGGCGAAUGCGGUGGAUUACUCCCUGUUUCUGAUUCGUUUUCCCACAUCCUCUAACCCUGAUGUGAUGGGGAAAAGGAGCAAGUGGCGUAUUGGCGUGACUUCCACGGAUGGGAAGUGGAGGUAUCGCGCCGUUCUCUUGGAUUUCUUCUGGGCCAAGCAUAAACUACACGCGCAGGCGAUGACUGGAGUCAUCCAGACCUUCAAUGUCGUUGGCCGUCAAGGCCCGAUGACGAUCACCACCACAGCGAAUGAGUAUCGAGAGAAGUUCCUAGCUUUGGUAGAUUCCAUCAUGGAGGUUUCUGAAUCUUAGCAUCAUUCGUACAGUACUAGCAAUGGAUAUUGAUUAUGUAGACACAAAGGACAGCAGGAAUAAACAAAAUCUUCGUUUCACAUUUUAGGUAUCAUGCGUACUUGAAUGGCCGUGGAAACCUUUCAAGUGAGUACAUCAUCUAAUUCUAUCGUCCCCAGUAAUUAGGGUACUUUCCAGGGCCAGCACUAAUAUAGCAUAGCAUGUCUUGGAUGUGGAACCACCGAGCAUCGACCCGAGC